AUGUCUACAGGCACUCCAUCUGUCAAUGUCUCUCGUGAGGCAACAUGGAAGGCCCAGGGUUUCCAUGCUUCGUCCCGUAGACCGCAACCCCACCACCUCGAAAUGGAGGACUACUUCGCCGGUCCCAGAGAUAUGGCACGACACUCGAAGCUACCCUUCUUCAUGCGCCUGCACGGCAGUGUUCUGCCAAAGAUGAUCCUUCCGCUUCUCUUCAUCGGCGGCUGGGCAACUGCAAUCACGCUCAUCUCGAAAUUUGUUACCAACCUGGGCAUCAACUCACUCUUGCUGACAGUGCUGGGUUUCGUGGUCGGUCUGGCUUUGUCGUUCCGCUCAUCGACAGCAUAUGAGCGCUACAAUGACGGACGCAAGUACUGGUCGCAGCUGAUGCUGACUUCUCGCAACAUGGCACGCCUGAUCUGGGUACACGUCGAAGAGCGACACAGCGAGUCCGAGGAGCUGGGAAAGCGGGACUUGCUGGACAAGCUCAGUGCUCUCAAUCUCGUCAAUGCCUUCGCCGUUGCCCUGAAGCAUCGCCUGCGUUUCGAGCCAGCCCUCGAGUACCCGGAUCUAGAGCCAUUGGUUGCCCAUCUUAACCUUAUGGCUGGUACUGCUGAUCAAGUCGCCCUACGCAAGGGCAAGACUACCCCAUGGAAGCACGUCGGCGAGUACCUGGGCGUCUCGUUUGCUGAAUCCAACCCCCGCAAAUUGAUCAAGCGCGCCAAUGAUAACCUUGGCAAUCCACCACUCGAGAUCCUGACCUAUCUGUCUUCUUACAUGGAACAUGUCAUGCAGGAGAAGCUCAUGCCAGGCCCGAUCCAUCAAACUUGGAGUAUGAACAACAUAGGCUCUCUGGCAGAUGUCCUCACCGGUACCGAGCGUGUGCUGAACACUCCUCUACCCAUCGCCUAUACCAUCUCUAUUUCGCAAAUCACCUGGGCAUAUGUUCUUGUCUUGCCCUUCCAGCUGUACAAGUAUCUCGACUGGGUUACCAUCCCUGGCACCAUACUGGCUGCUUACAUCAUUCUCGGUCUCAGUAAGAUUGGUACCGAGAUUGAGAACCCAUUCGGCAACGAUGUCAACGACCUGCCCCUAGACGACUACUGCCGCGAAUUGGCUGCCGAUAUUGAUGUCAUGACCAGCAUUCCUCCUCCUCGCGUCGAGGAUUGGGCACGUGCUCCAAACAACCGUGUACUGCACCCUCUUAGUGCCACUGGUUACGAAGGUUGGGAGCAAAGAAGUCUUGAGGAUAUCCGUGAGGCCCUUAGAGCAAAGGCCACCACUUCUGUCAAAUCCAUCCACGCUGAGAGACCUGAUACUCCUUUUGCCGAGCCUAAGGUUGCCACCGUCUGA